AUGGCACUGAAGCAGAAGAAGAUAGCCGUUAUAGGCGGAGGCUUGGGAGGAAUGGCUUUCAUGAAUUCAGCUCUAUAUGCAGGUCUUGAGAACAUCCAUGUCUAUGAGGCAGCUCCCGAGUUCACUGAGGUUGGUGCGGGCGUGAAUAUCACGCGCAACGCAAACCGCAUCCUCGAUGCAUUUGGCCUCAAGGAUGCUAUGCUUGCAAGGUCAUCUAAGGAUCCUCCGUGCUACAUGGAAUACAGGCAUUACAGAACUGGCGAAAAUCUAGGCAGCAUCGCAGAGUUCGGAGAGCCCCGAUCUCGUCAAAUACACCGUGCACACCUACUCGAAGUUCUGCUUGAGAAUGUGCCUCAGUCUAAGAUUUCGAAGAAUAAAAGACUUAUUUCUAUCAAAGACGACGUGAGUACGAAUGGAUACACGCUACAUUUUCAGGAUGGAACCUCAGCUGUAGCAGACAUUGUUGUUGGCUGUGACGGCAUAAAAUCUGUCGUUCGCCAGCAUCUAGGUCUGAAAGACGUACCUGUAUACUCUGGACAGAUGGUAUACCGUGGCUAUGUCGCGUACGAUGACCUCACGCUCGAAACCGCUGCUCUCUUGAGAAAGACAGUCAACUUUCGUGGUCCAAAGAAGCACAUAUUGACUCUUCCGAUUGGAAACCGGGAGGCAAAAAAUGAUAGGAUUGGUAUAAUCGGCUUCAUGAGUGAGCCAUUGGAGAAUUGGAAGUCGGAAAGCUGGCUAGCAACUGCUCCAAUUGAUGAUCUCUACAAACAAGUCAAGGACUGGACUGGGGCUGUUCAGGAGAUAAUUUCAGGAUUAAAGAAGGGCUCCAAAGAUGGUCAGAUGCUGAAACAAGCGCUGUAUGUUCGCGAACCUUCAAAGAAAUGGUACCAGGCUGGCGAACCUGGAACUGGAACUGGAGUUGUGCUUCUUGGAGACUCUGUUCACUCGACUCUUCCACAUCAAGGCCAAGGAGCUUGCCAGUCCAUUGAGAGCGGAUUUGCUCUCGCCCAAAUCCUCGCAUUAUGGCCAAACUUGGACACUGCUGCAGCUUUCCACUUUUUCCAAGACUUCCGCAAACCUCGCACGGAUAGGAUUACAAGAACAAGUUAUGAAACAGGAAAGAUGGCUAGUGCCGAUAUCCCAGAAUCAAUGUGGGCACAUGCCUUUUCGCCAGAAAACGUUCAUGAGAGAAUGCGUUGGGUCAUGGAGUACGACUUACUGGCUGAUUUAACGACCAAGUUAAGGCCAUUAAUUACAGUCAAGCCAGAUAUCAGCAGUGAGUGCGCCCCAUCCGAUAGGAAAGGGCGGACUUCGAACUCACGAAUUCAGGCAAGACUUUAA